AGGAGGAGGGAGGAGAGACGGAGAGUUAUUUUCGUUGCAGCUAUUCCACAACUCGACAAGAGCGCACUGAGAUAAAAACAAGAGCAGGAGAUUCGGAGAAGAUAAUCUAUUUCAACUGUGAUUGAUACAGAGAAAGAGAGACGCCGAGUAAGAGAGCGAAGGAAUAGUGGUACUAAUAAUUCCAGCACUGGAAUUAGCUUGAGGAAUACUUAGUAGCCUAUUAUUUAUUUUUUCAACUGCGCCUCUAAGAGAGGCUAAAAGAAAGAGUAGGGAGACAGACAGGAGAAAACAGACGCUUCCUAAACUAAGUAUUUUUAGUCCAAGGAAAAUACAAUUAAAGCCAAGACUGAGAGAUAACAGUUUAUGUUAAAGACCGUGAGGAGAGAAACGAAGUGACAAGAAACGAAGGGAGAGAGAGUUAAAUAUAGAAUAACCGUUAAUAGAAAGGAAGGCUCACACUACGCGAUUUGAAUAAAGGAGAGAUGUUCGGCAUGAUCAAGAAUUCGCUGUUCGGGGGCACCGAGGUGACAGAGUACAAACUGCUAAGCAGCGAAACCAAGGAGGGCAUCAAUUAUGAAGUGCGGCGGUACGACAGCGCACGCUAUGCCUCCGUUUGCACCGAGGGGCGGAGUUUUGACCAGGCGGCCAGCGAGAGUGUGAGGAAACUUCUGAUGUAUACAGGGGGCAGCAACGAUCGAGGAGUGGGGAUGGGAAUGACAGCACCGGUCGCCAUUACGGUCUUCACCAAAGACGACGGGGCGAUGUCCCGCCGAUUCGUCAUCGGCCUUCGCAUCCCCUCCAGUUACCAGGACAACCCUCCCACCCCCACCGAUGGCUCAGUCAAGAUCGAGGACCGGCCGGGCAUGACUGUGUACGCUCUGCAGUUUGGAGGGUUCGCAGGGGAGUACGAGUUCCGAAUAGAGGCUUCCCGCCUGACCCGAAUCCUGGGCGAGACCGCCCCCUAUCAGCGCAAGCGGUACUUCUGCUGCAGCUAUGACCCACCAAUCAAGCCCUACGGCCGGCGCAACGAGGUGUGGUUCAUACAAGAGGAACCGUGAGGAGGAAACGGGGUGCUAGGUGAGGUUUGG